CGAAUUUCGCGAGAGAAGAUCAUGUCAAGUACCUCCAAGAAACAGGGUGGUUACUUUUAAGAAAACAUGGAUAUCUUCAUUUCAAACAUUCUGAGGAGUAACUAAUAAAUUUGCCAUUAUUAACAAUGAAGUAUUUGAAGAUUUCCUCGCUAGUGCCAAGUGAUAGAGACUGGAAGUGUCUGAAAGGCUGUGCCUCUAUAUCAUCUCCUCUAAAGAUAUUCAAAUGUUGCUGUUUUGUGGUAGUGGGAGUGUUAAUUGUGGAACUUUUAUUCUUUAAUCUGUUUGUUCUGUAUGGAUACAACAUGAUGAGAGAAAAUAUUGCACCUGUUCUGAGCAAACAGAGUAAUUCCUGGAUUGAUAAGUUAGCUGAAAGCAAAGUUGUGAGGGAUUUUGUGUAUGCAGGGAAAGCAGGAGGGUUUGUUUCCCUAAUACAACAGACACUGGAGCGUGUUUACGUCACAUUUCCAGAGGAUGGAUCAAAAGGUAUGAAAGUCGGAACAUUUGGACUAGAUGUGUCUCACUCAGGAGAAUCACUGUACCUUUAUAGACGAAUGUCGAGGCGACGAAUGUCAAUGUAUAAACGCCUGGUGGUGGAUAUUGGUGCCAAUGAUGGAUUUCUAUCUAGUAAUUCCUUCAACUUUAUACAAUGGGGCUGGGAUGCUGUCCUUGUGGAGCCACAGACCACGCAGCUUCGAAUGGCGAUGCUCAAUUUACGCAGGUAUAAUAAUCCUUAUCAAGAUGGCAACCAGACAGUCAGAUUUGUGGAAGCAAUCAUCAGUAACAAAGAUGGCAUGGUAGACUUUGUGAAAGCCAACGACUUUGUGUCAAUGGAAAGCCAUAUCCUUCAGGAGAAAGACCUACACAAAAAAGACCUACACCAGAACUUAAUCCAUGUCCCAAGUAUGAGUGUGAAGAGCUUUGUCACGAAAUACAACAUCCCUCGUUACUUUGGAAUUCUGUCUAUUGAUGCUGAAGGUGCCGGAAACACAAUCCUGCACAACUUCAUUGACCUUGGCUACCGACCAGCAUACGUUGUCUACGAGGAUUUACAUGAACAUAGUUGGGAAAGUCCUGCAGAAACUGUAGAAUACUUAGCUGGGAAAGGGUACCGUUUCCUGUCCAAAAAAGGCUGGAACAACAUCCUAGAACACACAACAGAUGUUAAUGAUGUACAUGUGUAAAGUUUAUAACACGAGCAA